GCAGCCAGCCACAGACACUUGCUGUUUGUAUGAAGGGGUUUAACCCAAUGAACAAUUCGGUCUGUCUUUCCCAAAAUAAGCCAGUAGGAGAGGGAUCGCAGAGUAAGCCAGGGAGAUUGGAGCAGCGAGGUGCACAGCCCCUAGUUAUAAAUCCUGGGAGUGCUGCUUGGACCCACAGCCUUUAGCUCCUUAUACACUGCCUUGCUGCCUGCCUGACUUCCUGACAGACUUGACUGACUGACUGAGAGUCUCACUCUCUCUCCCUCUCACUGUCCUGCUCCCUCGCUCCUUCCCUCCUACUUCCCACCCUGGAUUGGGAAGGUGCUCCUCAGACCUGCUUCUGAACAGCUUGAAGACGACAGAGAGGACGUUUCACCCUUCUCUCACUUGCUCUUUCAUCCUCCCUCUCAAUUUCGCCAUCUCUGCCACAAAGCACAUGGAUGGACUUUUAUGUUUUUUGCUAGAGGCAGAAAAAUAAAAGUGAAACAGACUAUUUACUUCACUUGCAGUUGAAAAUAUCUUUUUUUUUUUCUUUUUUUUUUUUUUUUACUUUUUUGUUGUCCCCCUCCCCACCUGCACUUGAGCAUCACUGGACCAGGGUGUAAGCUCUUUGCCCAGGAGGACACCAUUCCUCUUUUUCCUCUGGCUGCAUGUUCAUUGAAUAUCUGAUGCCGUCGCAUCCCAUGGGAGACAAGCGUGGCUGAAGCAAGGAGGGAGGUAGAAGAGAGACCCACCUGAAGCUCACACCUACCGCUGCCCGUACACACUGCGACCCCCCUGCCCCUCAUCGCUCUGAGGAGAGAAAGGCCUCCAGUUCUUCGUGUGUGACGUCUGGAGCCUGGGAUGCUGGUGACCAUGCUGUUGGCUCCUGCCUGUGUGCUACUGAUGCUGGGGACGCAUGCUCUUGCAGGAGGCUAUCCCCCCAUGCACAACAUAAAGUACAUGCAGCCCAUGAUGAAAGGGCCUAUUGGACCCCCUUUCAGAGAAGGCAAGGGACAUUACGUUGAUAUGCCACCCAUGGUAGAAGUGAAGGGGGAACCAGGCCCCCAAGGGAAACCUGGACCAAGAGGCCCUCCUGGGCCCGCAGGACUUCCAGGUAAACCUGGACUGGGAAAGCCAGGUCUCAAUGGCCAGCCAGGUCUUCAGGGGCCUCCUGGCUUUCCAGGAAUGGGUAAGCCUGGACUUCCGGGUCUCCCAGGAAAGAUUGGGCCAAAGGGGAUGCCAGGGCUUAAUGGCGAGGUUGGCCCUCAUGGGGAACCGGGUCCAAGAGGUUCUCCAGGGCCGCCGGGCCUCCCUGGCCCAGCAGGCCUGUCUCUGAAUGGGAAACCUGGACUUCCAGGCCUCAGAGGCCCCUCUGGGGCUCGAGGUGAACCGGGAAUAAAGGGUCUUGCUGGCCCACCAGGUGAACGUGGGUUGAAAGGUGAGAAUGGAAACGGGAAGCCUGGGCCUUCAGGUAUAAGGGGUCCUCCUGGGCUAAAAGGCAGUCCCGGACCAGCUGGUCUUCCAGGUAUAGGCAAACCAGGACUAAAAGGUUUACCUGGACUGCCUGGUCCUAAAGGUGAUCAAGGACUCUCAGGGGAACGAGGUGAACCAGGAGAGGCUGGGGCGCCAGGUCUGCAAGGUCUCCCAGGGCCAGUUGGGUUAGGGAAACCUGGGCUAGAUGGAUUGCCUGGAGGACCAGGACCACUAGGUCCAAAAGGUGAGCCAGGGCUUAGGGGUUCUCCUGGAUUUCCUGGGACUCCUGGCUAUGGAAAACCCGGUCUGAGUGGCCCAAAAGGAGAAAAGGGCUAUGAUGGGUUGCCUGGUGUUCCAGGGGACAAAGGAGAGCAAGGAAUGGUGGGCGAAAUUGGGGAACCAGGCCUUGAUGGACAACCAGGACCACCAGGACUUCAAGGUCCAAUGGGACUUCCUGGAAAACACGGAAUGCUAGGACAGAAGGGAGAGCUGGGGCCCCAGGGCCCUCCAGGACUGCCUGGCCUCAGAGGUGACCAAGGACCAAGUGGAUCCUUUGGAAAACCUGGCAUCCCUGGAGAGAAAGGCAUCCCUGGACCUAAUGGUCCUAUUGGAAAACCUGGACCUAAAGGUGAAGCAGGGCAUAUUGGCCUACCUGGCAAUCCAGGUGUAACAGGUGCUCCAGGGCCUAAAGGUGAGACAGGGUUUAUAGGAACUCCAGGUCCCAGGGGCCAGUCAGGCAUUCCUGGUCUACAGGGUCCCAUGGGUCCCAUGGGGCCACAGGGUGUCCCUGGCCUAAAGGGUGAACCUGGACUUCCAGGGGCUCCUGGACUGGGUAAGUUUGGAGAGAAGGGAACAAUAGGUCCUCAGGGUCCUCCAGGAAAACCAGGCACUCCUGGGCUUAAUGGUAACCCCGGUGUUCGUGGUCCUCCAGGGCCCCCCGGUCCUCCAGGAAAUGGUCAAACAGUUGUUGCAGGGCCAACAGAUUCACAGUUGGAAGGGGAUGAAGUACCAGGGGAUAGGAAAGGGCCUGCAUACAGUCAAGUCCCACUCUCGGCCUCUGUGGCCCCAGCCUUCACAGCCAUCCUCACCACACCUUUCCCUCCCUCUGCCAUGCCAAUCAAAUUUGACAGGACCCUGUACAAUGGGCAAAAUGCCUACAGCACUGCUACUGGCAUGUUCACCGCUCCUUUAUCUGGUGUCUACUAUUUUGCGUACCACAUGCAUGUAAAGGGAACAAGCCUGUGGGUGGCACUGUACAAGAACAAUGUACCAGCCACUUACACCUAUGAUGAAUACAAGAAAGGCUACAUGGACCAGGCGUCUGGUAGUGCUGUCCUAGAGCUGAAGGAGGGGGACCAGGUAUGGGUUCAGAUGCCCUCGGAUCAGGCAAAUGGCCUCUAUUCCACCGAGUACAUCCAUUCCUCCUUCUCAGGAUUCCUGCUCUGUCCCACAUAACCCUGUCCUUUUAUUCAAACACGUUUCUGUAUAGGCACCUCAGAGGAGCCCUUAACCUAAAAUACCUGCAGCCAUAACAGAAACACAAAACCCAUAGGAUUCUCAAUAUUAUUGCCAUCAUCUUUAUCUGUCUCACCCUCAGCAAUAUCAGCGGGAAAAAAACUUUGUGAAUGACAUAUGGAAAGUUUUAAAAGGCAGGGGAAGGAAUUUCAUACUGUGUUCUUUGUUUCAUUGUACUUUAAAUGUGUGUUUUGGGUUGUAUUUUAUGUUGGUGUUUUUUUUAGCUUAUAUUAUUUUAAUUAUUAUAUUGUCAUAAUUUUAUUAUUUGGUCCUUGUCAUCAAUUUUGUUGUUGUUUAUCAGAUUCAGACUAUUAAGUGCCUUACUUUGUAAUGUGCUAGUAACAGACCUUCCCAUGUGACUGCACAUCCUGCCCACACGCUCUGACAUCACCAGACCCUUGGGGGUGAUUGGUCCUUGGCUGCAGUCACAUCCCCAAUGUGUUCUUAUUUAAACCGAAUGGCAAUACUGAGCAACAUUAAAACAUAGAAAAUAUAGACAAACAAUAGCAAAACAAGGCAUUUUGUGCUGUAAUACCAUUCAUUUUCAUGUUUCUUUUGUUUGGCCUUUUUGGUACUCUAAGCAAUUUCUUGUCUAAAGUCUUUUGACAAGUUGUAGAAGUAGAUUUGACAAGUUGGCAUCUGUAGGGUGCUUAUUUCUCUGCGUAUUUCUGAAUUUAGUAGGCGACCAUUAAAACUGAUCUUUAUCUUUCUCAUAAUUUAUUGAAUUCUCCAUAAAUGAAUCCAAGAAAGAAAUACAAUCCAAGAAUAAAUAUGACCAUAAAUAUGACCUCACAGUAUUAUAAUUUUAAAAUGUAACUACCCUUUUAAAGAGGAAACUUUUUUUUAACUUUUAGAACAAUAAUAAUUAAGGAUGAUAUGUAUGCAUACAGUUGGUGUUUAAAUAGAUACUGAGAGCAACUGCAAAAUGGACAGUAAGGACACAACUCUAGCUGGAUCAAUGGACUGUUUUCUUUUAUCCAUCUGAUUUUCCCAUGUGCACUACAAAUCUCAUCACAGUGUCACAUUAAUUCUCUUUAGAUGCUCUAACAAUGACAUUACUGCUUUCUAAUGAUAUAGUAUUAAUACAAAUGUAUCACAAUAACAUUUCAAGUAAGCAUUCUGUACUGACAUAUUUUAAGUCCCAUUUUGACCACAUAUUGCAAAAUCUGUGAAGAUGCUAUAAUUGUUUUGGACAAUAGGGAUGACAAACAAAAUACACCCACUUCUUUCUUCAAUGCCAGGUUCUAUGUUAAUUUUUGCUAGGGAAAUGAGAGCAAUUCUGAGUCAUUUGUGAAUGAAAAGAGUUUCUAUUAAUUCCCCAAACCAUUGUAAAAUAGCUGAAUUAUUGUUUUGCCAACAUCUGUGGCUACAAGGACAAGAUGUUUCAGAACCGUAUAAUUUCAAAAGUAUACUGCCGGAAAUGAGAAUCAAUCUGCAUAAACACCAUGAAUAAGUAAAGGGACUGACUGAGGCCCACGGGUUGUGAAAUACAGGUUGUGUAACAUUUAACAAACCCAUGCCAGAUUUCUGGAAGAGGCGUCGGGCCAGAGGUGAGAGUGGUGUAUUUACUCAUUUCUGUUGGAUGAGGCAUUAAAAAUACAUGCUGUGUGUGCAUGUGUAUGUAUGUAGGUGUA